AUGGCAGAAAUUCUCGUAAAUGUUUCUUCAUUCAACGAAACAGAAAAUACAGCAAAGGCCUUUUCCGUGCCUAUUACGGAACUUAAUCGUGUUGAUUCAGUAUGCGCAUUGCAAAUUCUUGCCGAUGAGAACUUGAAUAUCAUAAAAGAUGAAAAUAAUUUUAUAAACAACACCGAAUCGAUUAUCAACAAAAAUAAAUGUAUUGUGAAGCAUGCAAACAAUAAUUCAAUAGUAAAAGAUAUUAAUACAAAUACCAAAAAUACAUUGGCACACAUUUUGGAAGAUAACAUUGAUGAUACAAUAAUCAAUAGUAGAAGGAUUACUAAAACAAUGAUUGAACCGACAAGCACUAUAUUAGAAAAUUUAUCUGCCAUCGAAGAACAAGACACAAAAAUAUAUGGAAAUAAUGAAACUGUAGAUGAUAAAAAUGAUGGUACGGACGAUGAAUAUAACACAGUUAUCGAAGAGCUUGAUGAAAAAAUUAUAGAAA